AUGGGAUAAGUUUCAUAAAAACUAUUUACAACAACAGAAGCAGAUGAAUAGAUAGUUAUAUCGACUAAUUCAAGAAUUGGAUAUAUUUAAAAGAAAUUUUUAUUUUCACAAGCUGAUGUUUCUAAUUUACAUAAAAUAUUUCGAAAGAUGGAUACUAUGGGUACAGGGUAUAUUAGUUAAUAAAACUUCUUUGAAUUUUUAGAUGAAGAAUGUAAUAGUGUUGUCAGUCCUUAUAUUGAAUAUUUAUUUUAAUUAAUUGAAAAGGAAGUUGAAUAAAAAGUAAGUUUUUCAGAAUGGUUACCAGCUAUAAGUUUAUAUUGUUUAUACACAAAAGAUAGUGUAGUUGCAUAUGUAUUUUAAAUGUUAGAUAGUGAUCAUGAUAAUUUUAUUUCUAAAAAGGAUUUAAUGAAUUUUUUAGUUUAGAAAAGAAAUGGGAAAAAGAUUUUCUAUUAUAAUUAUAUGAAAGCAGUUGAAUUAUUGGAUAUAGAAAGACCAGAUAAGAUAAGUUUAGAAUAAUUUAGAAAAAUUUAAUAACAAAUUCCAUUUAUAUGUUAUCCUGCUUUUCGAUUAUAAAGGGAAUUGAGAAGUAGAAUAUUUGGUGUAAAAUAUUGGGAUAGUCUUUAUGAUAGAAUUUUACAUAAAGAAAAUGAAGAAAAUAAGUAAAAAUAAAUGUAGAAAAUUCAAGAUGAAAUGAAGAGAAAACAAUAAAAUAAAUUAGAUAAAAAGGUUGAAAAGUUCUUAUAAAAUACUCAUAAAUCUAGAGUAUCUAUGCCUUCUAUGAAAUUAAUACAUUAGAGAGUUAAUGGAAGGAGAAAUUCAGAUACGAAUAUGCCUUAAAAUCAAGAAACAGCUGAUGAACUAAUAAAUAAUAUGUUUCAAUAAAUUAGUAAAUAAUUAAAGGGACAACAUAACCAAAGAAAAUAAAAAGAACUUAAAGUCCUUAGAUGUAGAUCAAAAUCUUUGUAGUAUAUAAAAAUGAAUUUUAAGCAUACAGAAGAAUAAGUAGUAAGAUCAUCAAAAUAUAUUAAAACACAAUAAUCAUCAUAAUAAAUUCCUUUAAAUUUUAAAAAAUAAGAAAGAAGAUCAAUCUUUCAUAUGAAUAAAAUUAAACCCUAAAUUGAUAAACCUCCAGGGUCAUCUCAUAAUAGUUCAGAUUCUGAAUCAGUUUCUUAAUCAUUAUUAUAUUGA